AUGUUCUCCCCUAACACAGUCAGUUACUUCAUAUUUAGCGUGAUUACAAAGUUCUACCAACACAUCCUGGCCUUGGCCUUUGCAGUUGAAGAGAUCAAUGAGAAUCCAGAGAUCUUGCCCAACAUCACUCUUGGGUUCCACAUCUACGACAGCUACUCCAAUGAAAGGAUGACCUACCGCACCACUCUGGACCUGCUUUUCAAAUCACAGAGAUUUGUCCCCAAUUACAGAUGUGGCAUCCAGAAAAAUCUAAUUGGAGUCAUUGGGGGACUUGAUUCUGUUACUUCCUCGCUCAUGUCUGACAUCUUGGGUCUUUACAAGUUUCCACAGCUCCAUUCAUUGCUUCAGACGAUCUCAUUCAACAAUAGUGCCGGAGACAAAAUUACAUUUAACGAACAUGGAGAAUUAGCAGCUGGAUUCGAUGUUACAAACUUGGUCACUUUCAAAAAUGAUUCCUAUGUCAGAGUCAAAGUUGGGAGUUUGGAUCCUCAAGCUUUUCCAGGCAAAGAGUUGGCCAUUAAUGAGAACCACAUCCAGUGGCACAGUGAUUUGACUCAGGUGCCUCCCCUAUCUCAGUGUAAUGAAAAAUGUCAUACAGGAUACAGCAAGAAAAGGAAGGAGGGGGAGAAAUUCUGCUGCUAUGAUUGUGCUCUAUGUUCAGAAGGGAUGAUCUCAGAUGAGAUGGGUAAGAUGUAUUAUAUGGGUUACUGUAUUCCUUGCUCUGAAGAUCAUUAUCCAAACAUGGACAAAGAUCAGUGCAUCCCCAAGAUUCUGAGCUUCCUCUCUUUUGAAGAACCUUUGGGCAUCACUUUAGCAUUUCUGGCUCUUUUAUUUUCUCUGGUCACGGCCCUGGUGCUUGGAACCUUUUUUAAACAUCGGGACACUCCCAUCGUCAAAGCCAACAAUCGGAACCUUACCUAUCUUCUCCUCGUCUCCCUCCAUCUUUGCUUCCUCUGUUCCUUGCUGUUCAUUGGACAACCAAAUAAGGAAACCUGCCUCCUCCGACAAAUAACUUUUGCUAUCAUCUUCACCAUUGCUGUUUCUUCUGUUUUGGCCAAAACCAUUACAGUGGUCAUUAUUUUCAUGGCCUCUAAGCCAGGAAGCAUCUUUCAGAAAUGGGUAGGGGGGAAAACGGCACAUUCCAUUGUCAUUUCCAGUUCCUUUGUUCAAAUAGGUAUUUGUGCUGUGUGGUUGAGUAUUUCUCCCCCAUUCCCAGAUUUUGACAUGAAAUCCUUAUUUGGAGAAAUCAUAGUGGAAUGUAAUGAAGGGUCAGCCCACAUUUUUUAUUUUGUCCUGGGCUACCUGGGCCUUCUAGCCAUAGUCAGCUUCAUUGUAGCCUUCCUAGCCAGGAAGCUGCCAGACAGUUUUAAUGAAGCCAAGUUUAUCACCUUUAGCAUGUUGGUCUUUUGCAGUGUUUGGUUGUCUUUCAUUCCAAGCUAUCUGAGUACAAGAGGAAAAUACAUGGUGGCUGUGGAGAUCUUUUCCAUCUUGGCCUCUGGUGCUGGGCUACUGGGCUGUAUCUUUUCUCCCAAAUUCUACAUUAUUGCACUGAGGCCUGAUUUGAAUACAAAGGAGCAAUUAAUACGAAAAAAAUAA